UAUCACUGUUAAUCAAAUAAUGCUACAUAUUACGAUAUAACCACAACUCUUUAGAUGGUCUUCUGGACAAACUUGAUAUUGAAAAACGCUUUUUGAGAGUUAAUUCCUGAAUAGCAAUAGAUCACAGGGGGCCUAAUAGUCACUUUACUAUGCGGUGCUUAAGGAUUUGGUACCGUAUGAGGAACCAAAAUUUGUGCUUUUGACACAAAUUGGAGGAAUGAAAAGGCGUCUCUAACUAAUCUAACGAAUUUGGGGGAUCUCAGGUAAUCUGCGAAUUAGAAUGCCAUGGGAAAUGAAUAUACCCAUGACUGUGUAUUGCUUGGGGCAUACCUUAUAUCGUUUCGUUUAUGUUGGACGUCACCUACAGCAUCAUCACCGUACUUCCGCUGUAGAUGGAUGUACCCUUACUUACUUGUAAGUCUUGAUGUUUAUCAGCUUAGCAGAAAUCUUGGUUCGAGGCAAAAACAUUACCAACAACAUGUGUCAAUUUUUGUCAAAUUUCUGCUUUCUGCUCUGACGAACCUAACGUCCAUGAAUGUUCUUUUUUUCCAAUGGAAUCAUUAAUCCACGAGUGAGUUACUGAUAACGUUUCUUUGCUUACAAUUUGUAUGACGUCACAAUAGGGCCACAUCGCC